UUUUUUACAUGCUGUGAGGAACUGAAUUCAUUAAGUUAUGCUAAUUUUACCUUAAUUUAACAUAAUUUAGCUUAAUUAUUACGACCAGCUCGUGUUAGACUUGGUUAUUUGUCUGAAAUUUACCCAAAAUUGAAUAAGAACAGUAAUUAUAGAUAUUUAAUAGUUUAUUGUGAGGUUACUUAAUUCUUCCUGAGAGAACUGGUUGCUAGCUAACUCCUAGCUAACCUAGCUGAGCUAAAUAGCUAAUAAGCCUUAGGGGUGCUAACCGUUGCUAGGAUACCUAGCCUUAGCUAACUCACUAGCUACAACAGGCUAAGCUAAGCUAACAGUUUUAUUGUGUUUUAUUUAAUUUAUUUUGCUUUAAUGUGGCACCAGAAGAGUGUAAAUGUACAAAAUGAAUCACCUGAAACUUUGGAAUAUGGCCCAUUUCCCCUUUUUGCAAAGCGGUCGGUGGAAGUGCACCGGCAGUUUGAGCGCGAGUGUCCGGAUCCAGCGCUCAGCCUGUUAGAUGAUAAUGAUGCAUUCUGGGACAAAAUCUUACAAACUCCCAGUGACGAGUCGCUGGGUUACGAGGCUGAAGCAGUGAACAUGUUCUCCACUACACCUGUUGAGCUGGUGUGCGGUCACGUGGGGAGCAGCUGUCUGGAGACCCUCCCCUCUCCUGCUCACCUGAUGGGAAAGAAGAGGAAGAAGAGAGGAGGAGGAGAGAGGAGAGACUCUGCAGACAGACAGUCCUCCGCCGUCACCCAGCACAUCAUCCAGCUCAGGAGAAAACAGAGCUACAUCGACAGUUUGAAAGGGGAAAAGUGGUGGAGCAGCUCUGUAUGGAGGGCAGAGCCAGAGUGGGCGGGGCCUGACGGAGAGCAGGCGGAGUCUGAAGGAGAGACACACCCACACCUCCCUGAUCACCCUUUCUGCCAGGAGGUAUGGAUGACCCCGGCGAUGCCGAUUGGUCGAAAGAAGAGGGAAGCUUCAACUCCAAAAAUUAGACGGAAACGACAGACAGAGCAGCGCUCCAUUCUGCACCUGAUUCCCGCCUCAACAAACUCGUACGGUGAGCGUGAUUUGACGAUUCUUACCUGGGCACUUGGGCGGAGCCAGGGGGCGGGGCUACAGGUUUCCGGGGAAACUAUCAGCGUAGUCACGGAGGGAACCUACUUUAUAUACAGUCAGGUGCUGUAUAAAGACAACACCUGGGUGAUGGGUCAUGUGAUCACCAAGCGGCUGAAGGGGGCGGAGACAAAAUUAAUGAAAUGUUUAAAGAGCAUGCCCAGCAACCUCAGCGAACCCGUCAACACAUGCUACACAGCAGGUGUUCAUUACCUGGAGUCGGGAUCAGUGCUGGAGUUAUCUGUACCACGACAGUCGGCUGAGCUCAUCCUCUGGUCUCACGCCACUUUCAUGGGCAUCUUCAGUAUCUAAGUUUAUUUGAUUUUCGGCUAAAAAACUGACUAAUCCCGUGAAGUUUAGACAAAUGUUAGAAUACAUUUUGCAUAUAAAUCAUUCAAAAGUAACAAAAUCAUUCUACAUCCGGCCAAACUUCAAAGAAUAAGUUCUUAUCAAGCUACGUCUGUGUGUUACAUUGUAUUCUGUACGUUUAGUUUCGGUUACACACUGCAAUUUUUAUGACUAAGCGCACUAUACAACUUUACUACAUCCUGUUAAUUAUCAUUACCUAUGUGGGCGGAGUCUUUCUAUACUCAGCACUGAUUGUUUUUUUUCGCACUAUAAGGCGCACUGGAUUAUAAAACAUAUUAUGCAACACUAGUAAGGAACAGGGGUCUCACCACUGGGUAAAGCUAAGCUAACCUAAGUAAACACAACUGUAAUUCUUAAAAAUAUUUUUUUUUUUUAAGUCGAACGGUUAGAAGCUAUUGCUAAUGCUGCUCCGGCAGUGCUAGCCGGGGUUAGCAGCAAUAACACUCACAUCUGUACAAUGAUAGCGAUAACGCUUAACUCAGUUAGUGGCUAAUGUUAAGCUAUUUCUAAUGCUGCUCCAGCAGUGCUAGCCAGGGUUAGCAGCAGACUACAGGCAGAUAAUACUCACCUCUGAACGGGGAAAGAGCUAGCCAUAUCUCAGUUAGCGGAUAAUGCUAAUGCUGCUCCAGCAUGGUAGCUGGGGUUAGCAGCAAUAACACUCACCUCUGAACAAUGAAAGAGCUAGCGCUUAGUGCUGUGGUUAGAGGCUAAUUCUAAUGCUGCUGCAGCAGUGCUAGCCGGGGUUAGCAGCAAUAACACUCACCUCUGAACAAUGAAAGAGCUAGCGCUUAGUGCUGUGGUUAGAGGCUAAUUCUAAUGCUGCUGCAGCAGUGCUAGCCGGGGUUAGCAGCAAUAAUACUCACCUCUGAACAAUGAAAGAGCUAGUGCUUAGCACACUUAGCGGUUAAUGCUAAUGCUACUCCAACAGUGCUAGCCGGGAUUAACAGCAAUAAAACACCUCUAAAUGAUGAAAGAGCUAGCGCUUAGCCGUGGUUAGCAGCAGACUACAGGCAGAUAAUACUCACCUCUGAACGAUGAAAGAGCUAGCGCUUAGCGCUGUGGUUAGCGGCUAAUUCUAAUGCUGCUGUAGCUGUGCUAGUUGGGGUUAGCAGCAGACUGCAGUCCGAUAACACUCACCUCUGAACGAUAAAAGAGCUAGCACUUAGCACUGUGGUUAGCGGCUAAUGCUAAUUCUGCUGCUCCAGCCUUAGUGCUGGAGAAACUUCACUAAAAACUCACCCUGUAUAACUCUGUACUUCAGUGGAGUGUCUUUACUGCUCUUUAAUACCUGACUGAUAGAAUUCAUACAUAAGGAGCACCGGAUUAUAAGGAGCUCUGAUGAUUUUUGGGAAAAUUCAAGAAUUUUAAGUGCCCCUUAUAGUGCGAAAAAUAUGGUAAUGUAUAAAUAAUACAUAAAAUAUAGAUGAAAAGUGAGUUAAAUUAUUAUAAUUUUAGAAGUGACAAAACACAGCAAUCACAUUUUGUUUAGAUUAAUAUAUAAAAGAAAAAAAAAUGCAUAACAUAAUAAAAGCUUUUUUUAUUCAUAAUCUUUGAUAUAUUUAUUAAGGUAACAAAAUAUCUUUACAAAAAAGUACUAAAUAUUGAUGUAAAUCAUAAAUGUAAACUGAGGGCAGCUAAAGCUUAGAGCAUAACAGUAAUAAACACUUUUAGCUGAGUAGAAAAGAGUCAUUAAAGUAUUGGGCAACAGAUUUUAAAUCGAAUUUUAAAUCGAAUUUACUAACAAACAUCAGAUUAGACCUGAAUUAGAUCUGAAUCCAGUUACCAGCAGAAACUGGUCUUAAACUGAAAUAAGAAAUAAGCCCUUCAGAAACAUUAUAGCAGUAGUUUGGUUGUUUUGUCCACCAGGUGGCGCCAUGGUGUUUCAGAUAAUACAGUUUAUUAUUCAGUUAUUCAGUAUUUUGUAUAUUAUUACUAUUACAUACAGUAUUGUCUUUAUACAUACAUAUGUCCUGUAUUUACAUCUUCUACUAAUAAAAAAAACAGAUGAAACAUU